UGAGUGUAACCAAGACGCCGUCUUUGUUUUGGCUGUCAGGUGUGUGACAAGUGGUCGGGGUGGGGAAAGGUAUUUCCGCUGGGAGUAGCCGUUUCCAGGGAACAAACUCACUUUUGACCUCAAAGAGAAGGUAUGUGUGUGUGAUGUUAGGGUGAACGGAGGACGACUGCGCUCAUCCUAUUAGGACUCACUUCUUUCUUGUUGCUUCAAACACAAGCGGUGAGUCAGAAUCGCAAAAGGUGCAACCUGAAACCCAGUACAGCUCACUCUGGAUUGUUGUGGUUUGUUAUGUCACUCGAUGACAAGUGCCGCAAAAUGCACCAAGACUCUGCAAAUAUCUCAAAAACGUCCCUUGGCGAUAUUUGAAAUGCGAUCAUCUUUUGUAACGAAGAUUACGAAGGACUAAUUUUCCAGCCCACUUAACUGACAGCGGCCGAAAAGCACCUUACUGGCACAGUCACAGACACACAUUGUGUCUCAGUGUGUGCACGCUGAAAAGGGUGGAGUCGGUGCAGUGGGACGGUUUUUCCUCACCGGAGGGGAUCAGAUCUUGAUCUGAUGCGCCACGAAGGAAUCUGAGGUUUCCAGGGAAUUACGCAGCGUUAUACAUAAUAAGUGUUAGUCGAAUUUUGGUUUCACACGGAACCCAUACCAAUUUGAUAAUCUUAUUUUCAUUUUGUAACAUUCAGAGAAUAAACCUCGUUUAUGUACAGUCAUGGAGCGCACCUCAUUGGCCCAGCCGCGCGCCCAGUGCUCGCCGAGAGCAGCGCGUAAAAGCGAGUGGCUCCGGAGCGCCCUGGCCCACCACCACUGUCCCGAUCCCGGCGUGGAUAACGAAAUCGUCGUCCUGGCCACUGGAAUAGACCAGUACUUACAGGAGGUCUUCCACCACCUGGUCUACUCCAACCGCAACGACACGAUGUCUGCGGAGGAUUUCAGCGCUCUGUGCGCCGUGCUGGGACUCACCGGGGCAGAAAAAGGAAAGAAGGUGAUGAAAGGGAGAAGCGGAGAUGGAAAGAAAGAGGAGGACGACGAGGAGUUUAGGGAUGUAUGUUCCGGGCUGCCCUGCCAGCUGUCCUUUAAAGACUUCCACUCGCGCCUCUGCGGGUAUUUCCGUGUGCGCAGUGCGCGUAGAGGCACCGGGGAGUGCGCCUGGCGCCUGCCCGUCACCGAGGACACGGAGCUCGUGGAGCGACAGAUCAGGCUGCGGUGGCCGCGUGUCAGGCGGAGAAAAUGUGUGAGUUUUGAUCUGACGAGAGAUCAGAAUGGACCAGUUCACAGAUCGGUUAAUGUUCGAGCCCAAGAAGAUCGCGACUCAGAUGAGGUAGCAGCUCUGAGGGAGCUGGUGGAGGACCUCCGCUCAGCGCUGCAGGGGAGCGAUGCUCGCUGCCUUGCCCUCGAGGUGGCGCUCAGACGGGAGAAGAAUCGCAGCCUCCCUUCCUCGUCGGGGAUCAGCUCCACAGUUUCAACCCAACCCACGUCUUCCAUCACCCUCAUAGACGGAAAACUCGUCCCAACCCACAGAAUUAAAGGACAUUGCAGUGUCGCUGGAGGAGAUAGUGCGAGGAGGGUGACAAGGAAACGGGACAUAAGAGACCCCCUUCUGAGGGAGCUGAAGCUGAUCCGCUCCUCACGUGAUGGACAGCUGGAGGAGGCCAUCAGAUUCAACCAACGUCUGGAGGAGGAGCUGCGGUGGGCAUACCAGGAAGUGCGCAAGCUCCAGGGGGUAGAGUCUGCGCUGAGGAAGGAGAACGCUCACAUCAGGAGGCGGGCGGAGGAGGCCAGGGAGGCUCUGAGCUUGGGACUUGAGAGAGUUCGGAUGAUCCAGGAGCAGGCUCAGUCUGUGCCGCAGCUGCAGUCCAGGAUCACCCAGCUGGAGACUGAACUACACCAGUACAGAUCCCGCUGCACCUGCAUACCUGACCCCGCCCAUCACCAAAUUUACCCAACUGAAGCAGAAGACUCUUGCAGCAAGACAGAGUGUCUGCAGAGAGCAGUGGAGGGCAGGGCUGCCUCUGAUGAAGAGGAGGAGGACAGGGGCAUAAGAGAGGAAGGACAGCACAGCCUGCUGGAGGUGAAGAAGCACAUCAGCCGACUGCAUGGCUGUGGCAAAGGGUGUCAGGACCAUGUGGUCCAGCAGCUUCCCUCUCAGACUCACAUGCAUGAUAAAAACCUCAUCAGCAGGGGGUGCUGCAGCUGGAAGGGACAAAACCAGGACCAGUCAGAGGGAAGCAGAGGGUCUGACCAAGAAAAGUUUGUCCCUUCUCCUGUUUGCCAGAGGCCCGUGGAAGAGGAGGACAAGACAAAACAGGAGGAGAAAGAGAAGACACGUCUGUCUUUGCUGGAGGACAAACUCACAGACGCCCUUACGUUGCUGCUGCAGCUACGCAACAAGAACGUGUCCCGCAGGGCCCUGGGGAAGAUUGUGAUGGAGACUCUGGAUGUAUGCAGCAGGAGUGGAGAUGGUCCGUCCCAGGUCCUGCAGGUGGCGGACGCCCUGUGCGUCCGGCUGUCCUCCAGGGACCUGCUCGGAGACGCAGGGGCAGAUGAAGCCGGAGAGAGCAGAGAGAAACUCCUGGUUCCAUCCUCAGGGUGUCAAACCAGCAGCGUCAACCCUCUGCUCAUCUCCUGUUAAAUAAGCUAUUACUGCGGUAACUGAUUCAGUGUAUUUAAAGUUUAAUUUUAUUCAUUUGUUUAAUCUCGUUGUCAUGAAUUUUGUAUCUAUUUAAUUUUCGCUAAUUAAAUAUUGUUAAUCCAAA